CGCGGGAAGUGCGCACGAGUUUGCCCUAGAGCGUGUUGGCGCCAAGUUUCGUGAGAUUUUCUGCGUGCUGUGCAGCAGUAUGUAGUGUGUGUGGUUGGUUUUGCAAACCCGUGUGCGAAUAAUUUGCGUGAUCAUCCAGUGCACCAGUGGACCAGCGGGUGAAAUGUGUGUAGAAGUUAAACUGAAGCAAGUUUGCCCAACUCCACCCGGGUCACCGGCGCUGGGCUAGCUUGAAGCACAGAAUCAUUACGAACGGAACGAUCCAAAUUCGUAUCGUUCGAGGGCUGCCACUCGCCAGCCCGGUUCCCCCCCCCCGGCCUCGUGUUGCACGCGUUUUGCGCGUAUCGAAUGACAUGGGAGGAAUUUGGUGGCAUGUGAACGGAAUCAUAUUACGGUGGUUCGGUACGGAAAGCACAAAGAACUACCACUAUCACCUUUCCCCGUCUGGUCGUCUGGCUGUGUGAAAAACAAAUAUAUCCCACCGUGGCCAGCCAGCCGGGUUUUUGGUGGUGGAAAGUGAAAGAACGAAGAUAUCCUUAUCCGUAAGCGGAGCGAACAACUAGAAGCUUCGUGCGUGUGUUUUGUUUUUAAUCCGAUACCGGCAGUGUAAUGCAACCCUGAGCAAACCGGGUUACUAUGGCAACGGCAUCAUCAUCGGCGAGUACGUCACCGCCACGGAUAAAGGUGAAGAAGGAGAUCUGUACCGAUAAUGAUACGAUCAAGGAGCUGGCCGAAACGGCUAUGAAUGAUAUACUGGGCUGGUACGGGUACGACAGUGUCGAUCGUCUCGAGCUUGCAGCUAACAACGUACCGUCGGCCGCUGCAUCCCACGUCCACGAGGAGGAUGGUUCGGGAGUUUGCCUGAACCCGGACGGCGAACCAUCCAUCUCUUCCGCCUCGUCCAAGACGAAACCAACCGCUCAAGCAUCGUUGAUGCCGGCAGCAUCGAAACAUCAUCAUCAUCAUCUGCAGCAAUCCUCCAUCGGUGGUCAGUUUCUUUCGCGACAGCCGGACGACCUGACGAUCAAUCCGCUCCCAUCAACGUCAUCGAACAGCGAGCGGCGUGGCCGAGAAAUGACACCCUCGCUAGCUGGUCGUACCGGGCUCCCAGGAUCUCCACCGGCAACUGCACCAACGUCGUCAACAACGGCACGGAACGGUAUCGUCUUACAUCAUCAGGCGCAUCAGCACCACCACCAUCAUGCACCGGUGCCGGCCGGCGGUGGUGGUGAAAGUUCCACCUCGGAGAAGGACAGUUCGCGGGAAAGCUCCAAGAGCCCGAUGCUGAUGAAAAUGCUCGACAAGCAAGAACAGACGUGUCAGUGGUGUCGUAAGGUAAUACCGUCCCAUCAGACCGGCAUCUUGGGCACUACCGAGGGUAUGAUAUUCUGCACCGAGGCCUGUUUCUCCCAGUCUCGCCGGGCGUCCUUCAAGCGUGCGAAAACGUGCGACUGGUGCCGGCACGUACGCCAUGCCGUCAGCUACGUCGACUUCCAGGACGGUGCAUCCCAGUUGCAGUUCUGCUCGGACAAAUGUCUCAACCAGUACAAGAUGCAAAUCUUUUGCAACGAAACACAAGCGCAUCUGGAAAUGAAUCCGCACCUGAAGGAGAAGAGUUCGUCCACCGGAAGUCUUAUCACGCCAGAACUGUGGAUGAAAAACUGCAAAAGCUGCUCGAUAUCGCCGGUGUCCGAUCGGUCGGAGUCGGUAUCACCCGUUCCAUCGAUACCGGUCCGUUCAUCGCCGGAACCCUCACCCAUUGCGCUGAGGUCUCCAACGCCGGUCAAAAAACCGCUCAUCUCCGUAGCUCCUCCAUCGAAGCUACUCUCCAAAUCGCUACAACAAAGCACCUUGAGCCAAAGCCGCUCCAAUCCAAAGCAUUCGCGUAAGCGUCGUGCUGGUCAUAGGCCACCAGGAGGAUCACACGGAACCGCUGCAUCCAAACGAUCCACCUCGGCGCAACAAACUGAGUUCGGCAGUGGUAUGAACAGCAGCUGCACUAGUAUAAACAACAACAAUUUGACCAUCCCGAACAAUAACCUAACCGGAAGUCCACCAAACAUCGCUUCGACUGGACCUCCGAAAUCUGCACCCAAUGUACAGGAUUUACGAAUACUACAAAAGAAACAUAACUCCGUGGUGAAUCUCGCUUCCAACGACGGUCCAUCGAUGGUGGGCUUCGAUGGACGCGAUCUGACAGCAGUCGGAGGAUCUCUUGGACCACCGGUUCCACCACCACCGCCACCACUUAAUAUCCCACCCCAGUUCCUUCCUCCUCCGUUGAAUCUCUUGCGAGCGCCAUUUUUCCCCUUAAAUCCGGCACAGUUACGUUUCGGGAGUGGAGUCGCAAACUUACAGAACGCUCAACCUCCGAUCCAUGGGCCACCGAUGGGUCCACCGCCGAGCCCACUGCCCGGUGGGCCGUUAGGUCCAGGCAAUCGGCCACCUAUACCAAACAUGCUCGGUUUUAGCAGUGCUCCUCCCGUUACGAUUCUAGUCCCGUAUCCCAUCAUCGUUCCGCUACCGUUACCCAUUCCCGUACCGAUUCCUGUGAUAGAUUUUUUGAAAGCCGCCCUACCGAAGGAAGACAAUGGGAAUACAGAAGCUCGGUCCGAGCAAAACAAGACUACUGCAGAUGAUGGAAAAAUGGAAACUGGUGGUGCGGCGGUGACGGUUGAUAGCGACGAAACGAUGGGCGAAGAACUCCCAGAGUCUGCGGUUGUGGAGGAAGAUUCGGAUGCGCCGCUAGAUUUCACCGUUGGUGGGUCAGGAAAACAUUCGGAUCGAGACGUAGCGUCCAGCUCAACCAGAAUUACUGUUUGGAGCGAAUCGGAACACACAGUCCCCGUCGAAAGAACGAGCGAAACGAUCGACGAGACGGCAACGUAUGCACUUUCCACUAUUGUAUCAAACGGUUCCAGACCUAUUUCGGCAAUAGCGGGAGAUGAAGAUCAACGGGAUGAUUCGAAACAUGAAUCAGCGAAGAGAUUAUUGCCGAAGUUUAAAAUAACCCGCCUGGAGGUGGGAAAACAACGUCCUGAAAUGGGCGAAGGUAAUGGAAGCGGUGAAGACCUACCAAAGGAGGAGACCGAUAUCGAACGCGAACGGAAAGAGAUGGUGGAACGAAGUCGACCCUUACGGAAACGGAAGCGGCUCGUAGUGCCACAGCAUCUGCACACAAAGCAUGAACUGCAGGAACCUUCGAAUGAAGGAACAACGGAUGAACAGGAGUACGGUACAGGGAUUGCGUUGCGGUCGGGUAAUAAAAGUCAAUAAAGGAAUACGGUUCAACGUAGGGACAAAUUAAUGGUGCUGUAUAGGAUUGUUUUACAAAACGCUAGCUGUUAGUCAGUCGUACGAUGUAAUGGCCUCCAAAAGGAUGCCAGAUUUAGAUUAGUGUCACCGUCACGGUAGGAAUGAAAUUCACCAUCUUCCGGGCAGAGGAUUUAAAACAGGAAGCGGCUAUGCGUUUCUCUUACCUUUUCCUUAUCGAGUCAUAGAUGUAGUCUUGUUCCCCGCUGAAUAAUAAAAGAACACAAUAAGACCCCGUUUAGCGAGGUUGUAUGUUCUGGCAUACUGUAUAGAAUUUUAUUCGUAGCAAUUAUUUCAUAAGUAACCACGUACGAGAACCAUAAGGAUGGCGAAGCCCCACAAUAUAA